GAGACCAAUCAUAUGUGAUAUCUCUUCGUCCGAAAGCUUUUUCAUACGUUAUAUGCAAAUAUAUAAGCCGUGUCACGAUCAUCGGACCAAAGCUUCAUCGCAGAACCAGAUUUGUCCGGAGGAAAUGGCGAAGGUUCAUCCUCAGUUGUCGGCGGCGGCGGUGGCGGGAGCCGGAGAAGAAGACAGUCACGUGACGAGGGAGCGAGAGAGUUUCACGAUAUGGAUGAGAUCGCUCGUGUUCAAUGGAAGAGGAUGCACCGUCUUUGAUGCGAAAGGGAACAUAAUAUAUAGAGUCGAUAAUUACGAUUGCAAGAGCUGCUCCGAAGUUUAUCUCAUGGAUUUGUCCGGCAAAGUCUUGUUCACUCUACGUAAAAAGAGAUUCGGGUUAUUCAAAUCAUGGGAAGGAUACAGAUCUCCGAAAAUAGAACCAACAAAACUAGAUUUCCGAAUGAGAAAGAACUUGAGGAUCUCAUCAUCAUCAUCAUCGACAUGCAGAAUUACGGCGGGACUACGUAGAAAUGAGCCGUGCAGAUACCGGAUUAUGAACAACAAUGGGUCCGUUUUGAGAGUCGAGGACAAAUUCGGAAGAAUGAUCGCAGAGGUGAGAAGAAAACAGUCGGCAAAGGGCUUGGAUCUCGGGGAAGAUGUCUUGACCAUGGACGUGGAACCACAAAUCGAUCACUCUUUCAUAAUGGCCCUUGUUAUAGCAUACAAUCUUAUCAAAUGUAUAUUGUAACAUGCAACCAUACGUCUAUAUAUAUAUAUGUAUAUUAGUAUACAUAUAUAUAGGUGAUAAAUUGGUGAGCUUUUGGAGCUGUAAAUUAGCUGAUAAUUUUUUUUGGCGGCGAAGUGAAAAUCCAUGAUAAUUCAG